GUCGCUUUACCCCAGCUGGUAAAACACUAGUUGAGAGGCUUGCAUAAUUAUUUACUUAAUAAAGUUUAUUAUAUACUUUAGUUCAGAUAAUCAACAGUACAUCUGAUUGCUGAACACAAAAUGGCGGUUUCCUUCCUCAGGAUCGGCCGAGCUGGCUCGCUUAAGAAAUGGCUUGAGAGUCGGGGUUCACUGACUUCAGCUCCCUUUGCUGCCCUUUGUACGAAACCUGGGGAUCCCAAAAAACCUGCAAAACAGACCAGCACAACUCAAGUGGACCCAAUCCAGAAGCUGUUCAUCGAGAAGAUCCGCGAGUAUUCAGCCAAGAGCAGGUCGGCUGGUGUUCUGGUCGAUGCCGGCCCUGAAUAUGAACGCAACUUGGCUGAAGAAAUCAACAGACUGCAGCGGCUUUAUGGUGGUGGCGACCUCACCAAAUUCCCAGACUUCAAGUUUCCUGAACCCAAGCUGGAAGAAGUGUCCCCCAAGUGAAUCUGCACUGGCUGUACCGUCACCUCCAUGACCUGAUCACUUAAAGAUAGAUGAAUUGUUAAUACCCACCCCAGCAUAAGAAAACAAUAACAUACAAUAACAGCUAUAUAUGAGAUACUUUAUUGAUCCCUGGGUGAAAUAAUUUUGUAUAAUGUGCACAGAUACAAACACAGUGCAGAGAUAGCAUUUGUAAUGCAAUUAAUAUUGUGCAGAGAAAUACACCCUGUUCUAAAUUAUUAUGCAAAUUCCAUUUAAGUGUCACUAAAAUGAGAUUUUUUGGUUUUCAAUUAAACUCGUGGAUGGCA